UAUAAUGAUUUUAUUUAAAAAGUGAUUAUCGUGAAUGUAAAACAUAAUUUGAAGCUCAAAUAAUUUUAUCUUCAUAUGUAUUUAUAUAUAUAUAUAUAUAUAAUACGAAUAUAUAUAUACAUACACACACACAUAAUAUAUAUAUAUAUAUAUACAUAUACAUAUAUAUAUUAUAAUAAUAGAUCAUAUAAAUGUUAAGUAUUUCCUUGCAAUUCUUGCAAUAUGUCUAUAAAAAUAGAAUUAAAGGACUAAUUAAUUAAUGUACAGUAUUUAACAUAUGAAUGUAAUAAAGAAAUUUGUUAAAAUUAUGUACGUAAAGAAAUAACCCAAUGUAUUCUAUCUUUUUUUUUUUUAUAUAUAUAUAUAAUUCGAUAAUUAAACAACAGUUGAUAAUUUAAUCAAUAAAUCUUUCAUUUAAUAAUAAAUCUUUUCUAUUUCCAUACGUCGAUCGAAAUAUCCUAUUAAUUUAAUCUUCUUUAAAUUUGUGCCAAUUUUAAAUUUGCAAAUUUUACGUUAAUCCUUAGGAAUUUUCAAAAUAUAUCACAGAUGUCGCCCUAAUGACGUUUUAUUUAUUUUAAAAAAAAAAAAAAAAAAAAAGAAAGAAGGAAUAACGGAAAUGUUCAUGGACGAUAUAACACAAAUUAUAAAGAUAUUUAUAAAUAUAAUUAUUGUUACUUUUUCAUUUCAAAGAUAUAAUAUUCGAUUCGCACGAUGGAAUGAAUAAAUGAAGGUAAAAAGAAUUAUGUGAAAAGUAUUUUAUAUUCAAAAAAAAAAAAGAAAAGAAAAAAAAAUUAAGAAGUCAGUCCAAAUCAGAAAUACUGUAAUAUAUUUUAGAAGGAAGGAGUAAGUAAUAGAAUAAACAAUAAUAAUAAUAAUAAUAAUAAUAAUAAUAAUAUUAUUAUUAUUAUUAUUAUUAUUAUUAGUAUACGUAUAUUUAUAAAAUCCAUGAUUUUUUUUUCUUUUUCUAAUGGAAAAACUUGUAAAAUAUUAGGCGAGAAAAUUAAUUGAUAUUGUACGAUCAAUUUGAAAUAUUAACGAAGUUAACCUAAAUCCAUACAUAACAGGUAUCCAUAAAUCAAACAAAUUAGGAAAUAAAGAAAUAUAAGAGUGUACAUAAAUAUAUAUAUAUAUAUACAUAUAUAUACACAUGUGUAUGUAUGUAUGUAUAUAUAUAUAUAUAUAUCGUAUAUCAUAUGGACAGAAAUUUAGGACGAAAAUUCUAGAGGAUCCGGCUAUGAUACGUGGCCAUUGCUAGAAGAUCCGCACGAAGAAAGAGAAGGAAGAAGAAUGGAAAGGAGUAUCUCGGUCAGUGGGCCUUUUCUCAUAUCGUGACGGUGUGGGGCCCUCGUUCGUGGCUUUGGGACCACCUUAGGAAUCUCUUGCAAAAAUAUAGUGGUUGGUCAAAACAUCACUUGAUGCGUUGAGGAUGCAACGUGAUCUUUGCAACGGUGGGCUUGCAUGCGCCGUUGUGUGGGUGUCAUCGACCUGCCUUCUUUUUCUUCUUUCAUUGUCAUCCUCGGUUGGAGCUGAGUCAUCUCUAAAAGCCACAACAGGUCGAUGUCCAUCCUUCGAAGAGCAAAACAUUUGUCCAUCGAGGUCACCAUCCUGUAAGAUAGAUUCCGAAUGUCAAUUAUUCGAAGAACGUUGCUGCAAAACAGCCUGCGGAUUGAGAUGCGUCGGUAGCGAACUAUCAGGAUGCGAACAAUUGGCUUUGGCAACCGUUAAGAGAUUCCGUGCUCUUGACAGUUGGACCGUGAUAUCGCAAUAUAUACCAAAAUGUAAUAACAAAACAGGAGAUUUUGAGAGGGUGCAGUGUGAUCCUGAGAAAAAACGUUGUUGGUGCGUCGACGAGAAGAUUGGUAGUGAAAUUCCUGGAACGAUAGGAUCUAACAUCGAUGAUAUUGAUUGCAAUAAUCCUAAACCAUGUCCAGCACAUUCUUGUCGAAUGUUUUGCCCGCUUGGAUUCGAAAUCGAUACGAACAAUGGGUGUCCCAAGUGUGAAUGCAGAGAUCCAUGUCGUGGUAUAACUUGUCCAAGUCCGGGUCAGAUAUGUGAAUUAAUCGAUGUACCCUGUGCACGUCCUCCGUGUCCACCGGUGCCAAGCUGUCGUAAAGCUAAAUCCCUCUUCAACGUAUGCCCGGCAGGUGAACCAUUGCAAAUCACAGAUUCUUUGAGACCAUUCCUAUGCGGUAAUACAGCAGGAAAACCAAGUUGUCCGCCGAUGUAUAGAUGUUUGGUAGAUCCGAAACAGGAAUAUGGGGUUUGUUGUCCCUCAAAUUUCAAUUUAACGAGAGCCGGUACUUGCCCAAACGAGGAACCAACGAUUUGUGGUAGAACGUGCCAACACGAUUUGGAAUGUCCACCGCCACAGAAAUGUUGUCAAAGUGAACACUGCGGUGGUAGUUGUUUUAUACCCGAAAAUCUUAGCGUAUGUCGGCAUGAUCGUAUGCUGGCAGAAAUGUUAAGUAUUUCGGAAAAACAGGGCCGAGGUUACAUACCGCAAUGUACGGAAGAAGGAGAAUUUCAAACUAAACAAUGUUCGAGAAACGGUCUGGUAUGUUGGUGUGUCGAUGAUGAUGGUCGAAAGAUAUCUGGUUCAAUGGGACCAGCUGAUAAAGUAAAUUGUACAUCGAUUGCCAAAGCAAGAUCUUUAUCGACAUCUUGCAUUCAACAACAGUGCGCCCAAGUUUGUCAAUAUGGAUUUAAAACUGAUUCUUCCGGUUGUUCUACAUGCGAAUGCGAUAAUCCUUGCGAGGGUUUUCCAUGUCCACCCGAAGAAGAGUGUGUGCUCAAACAGGAAACGAAUUGUCCUGAUUUUCUUUGUCCUACCAAGCCAGAAUGUAAAGCAAAAAGAACUUAUAAAAGCCCUUGCAUUUUCGGUACACCUCUGAGCGACGAGGAAGGUAAUGCAAUCACGUGUUCUAACAAUCAGACCUGUCCAUAUAAUUACGCGUGUACAAUGGUACCGGAAGCUGGACAAUCGAUCUGUUGUGCUAUACCAUCGACCACAGUAAAAAAAUUAUCAAUGUGUGAAUAUCUGCGAGAUUUCGGUGAACGAAUGGAAGGUACGAGAGAAGGUAUGUCCUUGGCUGUUCCACCACCGCAAUGCGAGGAAAAUGGUACUUACAAGCCUUUGCAAUGUAAUAACGGUACCUGUGCUUGCGUGAAUCAGUACGGAGUUAUUCUGCGCGGUGACGUCAGUCCCGAGACCGAUUGCAAAAGUCUUAAAAAUCCUUGGCAAGUUUGUACCCCGAUAUCGUGCGAUUUGGUUUGUCCUUAUGGUUACGACAUAGAUACGAAUGGUUGCGAGCAAUGUAAUUGUCACGAUCCUUGUAAAGAUGUGUCUUGUGGCCUACGAGAAGUUUGCACAAUGGUGGACGUAAAUUGUGGCACAGGAGAAUAUUGUCCACCCGUUCCUGCGUGUCUGACAACGAAACCCGGACAAUGUCCCUAUUUGGUACCAAGUUCGUCGAGCUGUGAAUUACAAUGUAGUAACGAUCAAGAGUGUUCGAAUUCGGAUAAAUGUUGUUCAACAGGUUGUGGUACGCAAUGCGUAGCACCUGUCAUGGCCACUGCUUGUCAACAUGCACAGGCUGUAGCCAAGCACGCUGCUAGAGAGUCUGGUGAACCAGCAAGAAGAAUUUAUAUACCUAGAUGUGACGUCAAUGGGGCAUUCGAGGCAGUCCAAUGUCACAACGGUAUGUGUUGGUGCGUCGACGUGGAAGGAAGAGAAGCUGCAGGUACACGCGUUCUCGAAGGUAUCGUACCAAGAUGUAACAAGCCUCAAAGAUGUCCAGAAAUCGAUUGUAAGCUCGAUUGUCGAUCGGAAGGUUUUGAAUUGGAUCUAGAUAGUGGUUGUCCUAUGUGUUCAUGUAGAGAUCCAUGUAAAAGAGUAACUUGUCGCGGUGAGAAUGAAGCUUGUAGAAUGGUCGAGGUGGCUUGUAGUGUACCACCUUGUCCACCAGUACCAGUUUGUUUACCGAAGAAGGAUAAUCCAUGUCCAAAUGGAACGCCUCUUCUAGAUCAAAAUAGAUUACCUGCUACUUGUGGUCCUCACGGUCAUCAAUGUCCAUCUACACACAAGUGCGAGUUGUCGCCGUUAGAUGAAUAUGCUGUUUGUUGUCCGAAACCACGUGAGGUUUGUUUUGAACCAUUACGUACAGUACCGUGUAAUACGACGACUAUGUACAAUGAAACAGAUAGAUGGUACUUCGAUCCAGAGAAAAACGAAUGUAGAAUAAAAACCGAAUGUACGCAUGGCCAUAAUGAUUUCUCAAGUCGUUUGAUAUGCGACACCGUUUGUCCUGUCUUGUCUCAGUGCGAAAGACUCCGAGAGAAAAAUUUGAAAACAUCACAAAGAUUAAAACAAUCGACAUUUCUACCUAGAUGCAAUCAAGAUACUGGCAUGUGGGAAUCUGUUCAAUGUUUGGAACACGUUGGUGUUUGUUGGUGUGUUAAUAGAAAAGGACAACCCAUGAAAGGAUCGCUUAUCAGAGGACUCGAACCAAAAUGUAACUUUAGACAAGCUAGACGUGGCGGUAGAGGUCCUACGAAUCAAGAAAUAGAUUACAAGAUUCAGGCCUUCAUGGAAGGUACUUUGUUGGAAUUAUUAGAGGCUGAUGAGAAACAAAUGAAAAAGAUCAUCGUUACUAGAUGCCAAGCAAUGAGAGACAGAGGUCAUGUAUCGGCUAUAUGCGAUCGUCAAGGUAAAUUUGAACCUACUCAGUGUGCUGGUGAUACAUGCUGGUGCGUCGACGAGGCUGGCAAUCAACUGGUUGGUUCAGAACCAUUUUUAAAAGGAACUAACAUAUGUUUACCAACUCCAAUUGAGGCCGUAGAAGUCAUAUUACGUUUUCCAGGAAGAUUUUUAAUAACCGACAAGGUACGCUUUAAAGGGGAAGCAAAAAAAUUUUUGUACGAAUUAGGUGCAAGGAUAAAGGACGAUAUUGAAGUAGAUCUCGAACGUGAUUCGGCCUUUCUGAAAUUUGAUAUUAUCGGUACGAAUAAGGUCGACAUAGCUUUUCAUUUGGAAGAAUUGACAAGGAUGCAGAAACUAUUAAUCCUUGGGUCAUUGGCCGAUGAAACGACGUCACGAUUCACACAUAAAUCUAUGCCAGUCGCUGUUGAAAACAGGAUCGUUGCGUUAGAGCAACGGGAGAUUCUAACGGAAGUUGAAGCACCCGUUUAUCAAACGGCCACUUUGGUUUUAGCUGCAGCCAGCGCCUUUGUUAUCAGCAGCUUGAUAAUCCUCUUAAUGUUGUAUCGAAAAAAGAUGAAGAUGAAGGAUCCAAGAAAAACUUUGCCGAUGGAUCAACAUUUCCUUGCUUAUAAUCAACAACCGGUUUAUGUAAUAUCCGGCCUGGAAAAAGAUGAGAAGGAUGUAGGACAACUACAAGAAAAUGUUAAUCCUUCUGAAACAACUGAUAAUAAUGCAUGAAUGAUAACAUUGAGAAAAUAUGAUUAUAUAUAUAUAUAUAUAUUUAAAAUAUGAUUAUAUAUAUAUAUAUAUAUAUUUAAAAUAUGAUUAUAUAUAUAUAUAUAUAUAUAAUCGUUUUUCGAUCAUUCAUGCCCCGAAAUAGGAUUUAAAUAUCAUCAUUCACAUUAAUGAGGUCAUAACUGUGUUCCCUCGUUUCAUCAUAAUUCAUAAAAUAUUUAUUCAAUAUACAUAUGUAAUAAAUAACAAAAUAGCGAUUUGUAAAAUCGCCGAUCGACCAAAUUCUGAAAGGGAAUUCAUUGAUAAAAGAAUGUUUGUAUUAUUGGGUUAUAUGGGUAAAAAUAUGAUAAUUUUAAAAAUCGAUUAUUUUCUCGAAAUAUUUUUUCUUUUUUUUUUUUUUUGUCUUAUAAUCAGGCUUUUGGUUUUCAUCAAAGUUGGAUGUUAUAAUUUUUUUACGAACCCGAAAAAAAAGAAAGAAAGAAAAAAAAGGAAUACAAAGAGAAAAAAGAAUUAGCCUGUUACGAAAAGGAGUGAUUGAUUUUGUUGAAAAAUCAUUUAGAAAUUUUGUGAGCCCAUCUUGUUUUUCUUCUUUUUUUUUUUUUUUUUUCGUUUUUUUUUUCCCCUUUACAAACAUUUCAAAAGUAAAAAAAUACAUAUCACGAUGAAUUUGAUCGAUCGUUCGAUACGAAAAGAAAAUCUCGAUUUUCUUUUCGUCUCUAUCAUUUUCCUUUCAAUGUGAUCAAUGAAAAGAUGUUGAUAUCAUAAUGAUUGUUCGACGACAUCGUUACAUUGAUACGCUAAUGUAAAUAUUAGAUCCAUACUUCUACUUCCCCUCCCCCCUACUCCCUUCUCCCUUCGAUUAUUUAUAUAAAAUCAAUAAAGAACGCGAUUUACUUAC